AUGCCACAAAGUUCUGGACGCUUCCCAGAAGCACUAAUCACGUUCCCAACUAACCGCAACUGUGAGCGGUCAACCGAACCUGAGGCGCAACAGCAUAGCCGCCUCGGGGAAGACCAUUUCAGUACAAAGCAGAAGUCUUCCCCCUCUUCGUCAGGUAAAAUUCGGGUCGGUUCUUCACGUUUGUUGUUGUCACUCACUGCACUGCACUCUCAACGGGUUUUAUCAGCAGUACUCGAAGAAUCCUCUUAUAAUCAGAUCCCAUUCUCGAACACCGAAAGAAAAUUGUAG